UUAAAUAUUUGGGGCAUAAGGCAACAGCUUCACUUGCCUUGCCCUAGAGCCGCCCUAAGCUGAGUCGUAGAGAUGGGGAAAAGAUCGAAGAGCUCAAGGAAAGGGAAGAAGGAAUGGAGAGCCAACAUAAGUACUGAAGAUAUUGAAGAUUUCUUUGACAAUUCCACUAAAGAUGCUCUUUCGGGUGGCUCUCUCGCUCAAGUUCCCAGUGAUUCCCUAUUUUACGUCGACAAAUCCAGAGAUCUUUCAGCUAAAAGGAAAAUUGAAAAACACCGGGAGAAAGUACUUCGGUGUGAUAGUAUGCUACAAAGGAAUGCCUUUGUCGAACCUGUACCUUCUUCAAUUGGGAAAAAGUCCAAGAAGAAAAGUAAAGAAGUCCAGAUAGCCAAAGAUAAGGGUCAAAAGGAUUUGGCUGGUGCAGACUCUGGCAUGGUUGACAUUUGGGAUGAUAAAGGUGAACUGGUCAUCAAAACCAAAAAGAAGCCCAAGACAACUAUUAUACCGGCUGUGGAAGUUGAGCCUCCAGGAUGCUCAUUCAAUCCGGCAUCCGAAAGUCAUCAGGAUGCAUUAGCUUGUGCUGUUGCAGAUGAAAUGCAGAAAAUUUAUAGAAAUGAAUUGGGGCCGGAGCCUAUUCCAUUGAUUGUUCCUGGAGAAGCAGUUAAUGAAGAAGAGAUGUAUUUACUUGAAGCGGACAGUGGGAGUGAUGUGGAAAAUGAAAAUCUAGUGGAAGAUGGAAACACAGAUCUGGAGAAAAGGCCUCAGAAGCCCAAAAUGUUAACACAAGUUGAGAAGAAUAGACGGGCUAGGCGCAAAGUACAGCUGAAAGCAGAAGCUGAAGCAACAAAAGCAGAGCAGCUCUCCAAAGAGAUUGACAGCUUACCGGAUAUAAUUCAAGAAAUAGAGAAAGAGGAUGAAGAAAAACAGAAAAGACAUCUCCGUCGUGUUACUGCUAAAAAGGAAAGACUAAAAUCUUGUCCACCACGUUUGGGAAAGCGCAAAUUCGAGCCUGCUCCUGCUCAGGUUUUACUGUCUGAAGAGAUUACUGGUUCCCUCCGUAAACUGAAGGGGUGCUGCACCCUUGCAAGAGAUCGGUUUAAAAGCCUGGAGAAAAGGGGACUUGUUGUUCCUUCAAAAAAGAGUUGCAGGAAAUAGAAUUCAUCAGAGUUAAUUGCUGAAUAACAUUGGAUACAAUGUUCUCAUCACUUUGCUCUGAGAUCACCCAAGCACUUGGCUGAGAGACACUCUAGGGUCUUGGUUUUACUUGUCAAGCCGAUCAGAUACCCAGGAUCCAUUCCAACCAAUGCAAAUUUGUUGGAGUGGGAAAGCUGGCUGCUCUUUACUAUUAACAAACGGAGAUGUAAAUCUGUUUAAUUUACUGAUGCUUGUUUUAUUACACCAAACUUUUAUAGUCAUGGUCAAUACAUUUGCUUUUGUUUCUUUU